AUGGAUGAUACACCGCCUAAAGUCAGAGAUCCUACCGAGAAGGUCAAUCUUGGAAUAGCUGAUGAACCUAUGGAGAUUUUAGAGGUCUACAUCGAUGACGUAGUGGUGAAGUCUCAGAAGAAAGGUGACCACAUCACCUAUCUCAGAAAGAGAGGCAUUGAGGUCCCUGAAGACAAGGCAAGCUCAGUUAUCAAUGCCACCGCCCCACGCACAAAGAAGGAAUUGCAGCGUUUGCUGGAGGCUUUCGACAGAAUCAAGGCCUACCUCGCGAGUCCGCCAGUGCUGGUUCCUCCGAGGGCUGGAUUUCCAUUGAAGUUAUAUAUCUCAGCAGCUGAGGCUUCCAUUGGCAGCCUGCUCGCCCAGGAUGAUGAGGAAGGCGUCGAGCACGCUAUUUUCUACCUUAGUAGGACACUUACGGACUGCGAAACCAGGUAUACUCCAAUGGAAAAUCUGUGCCUUACAUUGUACUUCUCCGCAUGCAAGUUGCGAAACUACAUGUUAUCUUUUACUACUUGCAUUAUCGCUCAGACAGAUCUGGUCAAGUACAUGCUAUCGCGACCUAUUCUGAGAGGCCGCAUUGGCAAAUGGGUGUUGGCCCUGUCCGAUUUCUCGCUACAAUAUGUUCCCCAGAAAGCAGUGAAAGGACAGGCCAUCGCAGACUUUUUGGCACAUCACCCUAUCUUGGAUAUCCCAACGGUGAGGGAGUUAGAGAUAGCGGCCGUAACAACUACUCGACCAGAUUUGGCACGUAUUCCAGAGUACGCCAUAUGGUAUCAAGCCACAGUUUCCUUGCAGCCCUGGAUAUUGUUUUUUGAUGGCUCAAGAACUGAAACCUUAGCAGGGGCUGGAAUUGUGCUGGAGAACCUAGCUGGCGACCGCUUCUCUUAUUCGUUCCAAUUAGAGUUUAAAUGUACCAACAACCAAGCAGAGUAUGAGGCCCUUAUUAUCAGCCUAGAAGUCUUACCAGAACUAGGGGUGAGAGAUGUUCAGGUACACGGCGACUCUUUGCUCGUGAUCAAUCAGCGUCAAGAAAAAUACAGAUGUGCAAGCUGUUUGCUCAUCCCCUAUUUGAAUCGCGCUAUUGAGUUGCUGGAUCAGUUUGAUGACGUGGGCUUGGAGUACAUCUCUCGCGAGAGCAACUUCGCAGCCAACGAGCUCGCUCAACUAGCUACAGGCAUUACAUUGAAGUAUGGGGUUCGCGAGCGCAUUCUGAAAGUGGAGCGCCGCAAGUUGCCUCCGUGGCUCGCGCGGCCUGACCCUCCUGAUGAUCCGGUCGUCGCAGUCCUAGAGCCUAUUGAUGUCGAUUGGAUCGUUCCGUUGAUCAAUUAUCUCAAACAUCCAGACCAGACAGCAGACAGGAAGACUCGUUUCCUUGCUUUAAAUUACUUCCUUAGGGGUGACGAGCUGCGCCGGCGCGAGGAAGAUGACAUAGACUUCCGAUGUGUUUAUGGCUGUGAAGCGAAACGAUUGAUGCGCGAAGUGCACACUGGAAUAUGUGGAACCCAUCAAGCGGGACCCAAGAUGCGGUGGCUCAUCAGAAGACAUGGGUAUUAUUGGCCUAGCAUCUUGAAGGACUGUAUCGCUUUCGCCAAAGGAUGCCAAGAUUGUCAGUGGGUUGAAGCUGAACCUUUGAAGGAGGCCUCUGGUGCCACCAUCCGCCAGUUCAUCUUUCGUAACAUUAUUUGUAGGUUUGGUAUCCCCGAGGCGCUCAUUUCAGACCGGGGGGCAGCAUUCAUGGGAGGUCUUGUCGAGCAACUUGUCAACUAUUUCGGCAUCUAG